AUGGUAACUGAGGGCAUUGUUCUUGGACAUCGGAUUUCAGACAAGGGGAUAGAGGUGGAUCAGGCUAAAGUUGAAGUCAUUGAACGAUUACCAACACCGAACAAUGUCAAAGCAAUCAGAAGUUUCUUAAGGCAUGCAGGGUUCUACAAGAGGGACAAGAAAGGAUCCGAAAAUCAAGUGGCUGGCCAUUUGUCUCGGAUUGAACCUGUAGCAGAGAUACCCCAUCCCGAUACGGAAAUAUCCGAAACCUUUCCUGAUGAACAACUCCUUGCAAUAUCCAAAGCUCCAUGGUUUGCAGACAUUGCAAAUUAUAAAGCAAUAAGGUUCAUUCCCUCAGAAUAUAGUAGACAACAAGUUCGAAACUUAUUCAUGAUGCUAAAUACUACUUAUAGGAUGAAUGAUACCUUUUUAGACGGUAUAAUCCGGCGUUGCGUCUCUGAGGAAGAAACACAGCAAAUCCUAUGGCAUUGCCAUAGCUUGGAUUAUGGAGGACAUUUUGGAGCCGUGGACUAUAUGUCUAAAUGGGUUGAGGCAAUCACAUUACCCACUAAUGACACUCGGGUGGUUAUGAAAUUCCUCCAGAAAUACAUUUUCAGCAGAUUCAGUGUCCCGAGGACCCUGAUUAGUGAUGGAGGCAGCCAUUUUUGUAAUAAACAACUCGACUCCAUCCUUCACUGCUAUGGUAUCCGCCACAGAGUAGUAACUCUAUAUCACCCACAGACGAAUGGACAAGCCAAAGUUUCUAACAUGGAGCACAAAAUAAUCCUAGAGAGGACAGUUGGUACCUCAAGGAAAGAUUGGGCAAGAAAGCUUGACGAUACCCUCUGGGCAUACAGAACAGCUUUCAAGACUCCCAUUGGCAUGUCACCCUACCAACUAGUCUAUGGCAAGGCAUGUCAUUUACUAGUGAAACUGAAACAUAGAGCCUAUUGGGCAACUACAUUUCUCAACUUUGAUACCAGGGCUACAGGAGACAAGAGAUUGCUCCAGUUAAAUGAGUUAGAUGAAUUCUGA